CGGCGACCCGCGCUCUCUUUCUGAAGGCGACGAGUUCGUGGCUCCAAAUCGCCGCGGAUAUGGACGGAGUCACGGAAUUCGUCGCGCUGCGUUGCUCCUCCUAACUCUGCCAACUGUAGAGCCGGAUAGACGCACGUGCAUUGCUUCAUCCACCUCAAAGUUCCAGGAGCCACGGCAUUCUGCAGGACGAGCGCUGCUCUGAUCUUGCCGGCGCUGCGCUCCCCUUCUCGAUUUCGCCUCUUGCAAUUAUCGCUUCCUGCCCUUCAGCCGCCUCCCGCACUCUGAAGCUUUUCGCGCUUCUCACGAGGAUUGAGCAUUCUCGUCGAAGGGACAGAGAGAGAGGGCGGAUAAAAGCGGACACGGCGACGGCGAAUUUGUGUUCUUCGUGCUACUCAGGACGGUUUGGAUACACAGGAGUAGAUCAGAACUGUACAGUUUGUGGAAUUGGGAGUGAGGUUUCAGGGUUCUUCUUGUUUAGGUGGUAGGAGAAGGAGGAGGAGGAACAAUGGCGUCUGUCAUGGUGCGUGCGACCGUGUCUGUGCCUGCGGCUUUGCAAAAUGGACAAGUAGUCUGUUCGCAAGUUUCUGCGCCCUCUGUGCAAGUAGCGCAGAAGAGCAAGCCGGUUUUUGUGGUAGCUAAGCACAAUUGCCGCCUUUUUAGCGAAGAGAGGCGCAUUCAAUCGAGAUUUAGCUCUCAGGCUCUAGGUGCCAGAGGUGUCCGUAGGCAGCCUUCCUCUGUCGCGUCGUCACGAGCAGAAUUAGCCGAAGAUGCUGACAACGGGAACGUGAUCGAAGUCACGAGUGCGGAGGAGAUGGCAAGACAGCUAGAAGAAGCCGGCGAUCGCAUGGUUGUCGUGGACAUAUCAACCCGUACUUGCGGACCCUGUAAAUUGAUUUACCCAAAAGUGGUGAAAAUGAGUGUCGAGUACCCAGAUGUAUUAUUUCUCAAAAUCAAUGGGGAUAUCGACAAUGGGACGAGGACUCUGAUGCGGGAGUGGGGUGUGAAGGCAGUACCAAACUUUCGUUUUUUCUUGAAUGGAAAGUUGAUUCACUCGCACUCAGGGGCUAAGGAAGACGAGCUUCGAGCCCACUUUUUGACCCAUUACGUCAAAACUUUGAAUGUUUCUGCUCAAUGAAGUGAUAAUCUUGGAGGAUUGUAUAUUAGAAAGAUGUUGUAGGAAUUAUGCUCUUCGAACUCAUACAUUCAGUAGCAACGAAAGCUUGGAAAUGUACGUUUUGUAAUGGGACGUUAUCUGUAUUAAAGGCUGCGUCAGACAACGCAAGCCUAAGCAAGAAUUGAAUAUGCCUUCGUUGCGAAUCAAGAGGUACGACAAACGUAUAGAGAGGAUUUUUUCAAUUAUUGGAGCGGAAUACUCUCUCUUGAACUAAUGCAAAGAAUAUUAGAUAAAUAUGCAAUUUCGCAUGAUGAAU